CUCGAGGUGGCGACCCUGCCGCGUGGGGCCUCACGGCAGGGGCCUCACGGCAGGCGCUGCAGCGCGACAGCGUUGGUUCGUCGCCAGCGACGUCGGCGAGACCGCCGGCGGCGUGAGCGAUAAAGACGGGCCUGCGGCCGCGAUGACUCGCGACAGGGAGUCGACGAAGGAGCCCGGCCGGCUUCCACAGGCUCGUGAAGCAGCUGACCGCGUGCUACAACCUCGAGGUGCAAGAGCUCGAGCAGCUCCGCGUCGAGAACGCGUCGCUGAGGCACAGGGUCCACGAUGCCGAGGACUCUGCGCGUCGGUGUCGGCAAGUCCCGCCGCAACAGCGAAACCCUCGGCGCGGUCGACGGCGACCUCCUCCCGGGCGCGGUGCCCACGCUGCCGGCCCCGCGCAGCCUGGCGAGUGGCGUCGGCGCUGGUUACCCUGCCCACAAGGGCCCAGGGGAGGUCCGGCCGACUCCCGGCGCCGGCGAUGCCGCCAGUCGCCCCGCCCAGGGCUCUGGCGAGGUCGGGCGCGGCCCGCGCGCGGCAGCCGCCGCCGCUGGCAGAAUCGAGUGCGCGCAGCCGGACGAGGACUUCAGGGUCUCCGGGAACGCCCAGCAGCGUCCUCUCUGGGGCUCACGGGCAGCUGUUCACCGAGGUGUCCAGGUCCACGAGCUGGUUCCCCAAUGUCAGCCAGAUGGCCUACCCGCCGGCCAGGAUCUGGCUGGAGCAGCAGGACGGCCGGCAGAUCGAGAUGGCCGCCCGCCGCUCGAGGAGGGGAGCAGUGCCCAAGGGCUCGAGCGACGUGCAGCCGCCGUGUCUCGUGAAGAGGAGAGAUUACAACCAGCGCAUGCAGCAGUGGAUCGCCAACCCUGGCAGCCCCAAGAGGCUGCUCUGGGACCUGGUCGGCUCGCUGCUCAUCUUCUACGACCUGGUCGUCCUGCCGCUGCAGAUCUGCUUCCAGCUCGACGACACCCUGCUGACGACCUGUGGGGAUUGGCUCACGUUGAUUUACUGGACUUCGAACAUGCCAAUGAUGUGCACGGUAGGUUACUCUGACUCUGGUGAGUUGGUGAUGACACCUUUGCUAAUCCUCAAAAACUACUUGCGGGCGUGGUUCUGGCUCGACCUGGCGGUGGUGGUACCCGACUGGAUCUUCUCAAUCGCGAGCCUCGCCACGCAGACAUCCAGAGACCAAAGCUCGGAGACGAUGAAGCUGCUCAGAUUUUUCCGCCUCGCCCGCAUCGUUCGCUUGCUGCGGCUGAUGAAACUGAGGAAGAUAUCCAAAUUUCGACGACCUUUUGAAUUCAGAGUACAUGAGCAUUCUCAGCAAUAUUGCGAAAAUGAUUUUGUUGCUGCUGGCGAUCAACCAUUUUGUGGCUUGCUUCUGGUUCCUGAUUGCGGACACCCGUGAGGACGGCCCCACGUGGUUGAAGCAGCAGCAUUUCAUGGACCAGCAGUGGCAGUACUGGUACAUGACGGCGUUGCAUUGGUCGCUGACGCAGUUUACGCCUGCCUCGAUGGACGUGCAACCACACAACAUUGCCGAGCGAACGUUCACCGUCUUCAUCGUGGUGUUCGGGUUGGUCGGGUUCUCUUACAACGUCGGGAGCAUCACGGGCUCCAUAUCGCAGCUGCGCCAGCUAGGGGAGACCGAGUCCAGGCAGUUUUGGGAUCUGCGCCGCUUCCUCAGACAGAACAAGGUGCCCGUGAGUCUGUCGCUCCGUAUUCAGAAGUACCUGGAGCACGCUUGGCAAUCCCAGAACAAGACGCGCGAGGUCAAGAGCAUCGCCAUUCUAGGCCUGCUGUCGGAGCAGCUUCUCGGUGAGUUGCAGUAUGAGCUGAAUGCGAUCCAUUUUGUAGUGCUUCCGCUGUUCAAGCGCCUCUGCGAUGAUUGCAGCGAGACGAUGCAGCGCCUGUCCAAGACGGCGGUCAGCACCAAGCACUUCGCGAGGGACGAUUUUCUCUUCCUACCAGCAGAGAAGGCAACUCACAUGUCGCUGGUCGUGGACGGAAGGCUCGAGUACUCGCGGCACCUAUUCUCCGUCCGGGAGACGCAGGGCGAGAGCGUGGAACACAACGAGGACUGGAUCGCGGAGCCCAUCCUUUGGACCCAGCAGUGGCUGCACCUCGGGACGCUCACGGCUGUCAAGGAGAGCGUCCUCUUCCUCGUCGAGCCAGCCGAGUUCCAGCGUAAGCUGAGCGUCAACCCCCACUCGUUCUGGCUCGGACGUAGUUAUGCCAAGAAGUAUUUGGUCUGGCUCAAUCAGCAGAGUCCCGAGGAUCUCUCGGACAUCACCCAGGGUCAGACCCAGAAGGCGCUGCUGUCCACCUUCAUCCCGCCGCAGGCAGAAGCCUUUUGCCAGUCGUCCAUCACAAGAGAGGCAAGCACGUCGGGCAGCGGCAGCGGCAAUACCAUGGGCUUCUUCAGCGAAGUGUCGGCCUGAGCUGAAGGCUGAGCGCGGCUGCGGAGGGCUGGGGGGUGGAGGACCCGAAGAGCUGCAGGGGGUUGCGACUGGUGGCAUGUGCAUUCGCUCGAAAAAUAAAUAACGGAACGAUUCCUAUGCGAUAUGUCAUGAGAGCGGAUGUUCAGUAGCAGAUCAUGGGACAUAAGCAGGACAAGUUCGGGGGCCCCAGUCAAACCAUAGUAGGGAUUGGCCUCAUCAGGCCGUGGAGAUCAUGUACAGAGCUAAUCUUAGCUCGCAGUGGAGAUCCAUGCCAAGAGACACCCUGCACGCCUGCAGGGUGGCGUGGGCUCUUUUGGUCUCAAUGACUGGCUGUCGGCAUGGCACACCUAUAGUUCGUUUGCCAGGCAGGGGCGUCCACUCGGUGUUUGACGAGGGAGGUUUCGUGGCAACGUAUUGCCAACUUGGCAUACACUACCCGUGACGCGUGUCAUUUGUAUGUAUGUAUAUAUGCAGUGAGAGUUGCGCCUGAUGUAUAUCAGGUUAUCCAGACUGAGCAGUCCUGCUGCAGCGUCUCACUGGCUCUCCUUGUUACCUUUCUGCCGUCAGCCAGCCUUUCCGCUUCCGUCCGAACAGGAAAAGGAAGAAACGAAGAUUUCUUGGUUCGGCGCUGGCCCCCGUGGCAGCACCUCCUGCGCCGCCCCAUGUGUUUGCAGCUGCUUCCUCUCUUACUCUCCCUCCUCGCUGUCCCAUCGUCCUGCAGAGGGGGACGUUUCAAUUUUAUGCCCUUCGCGUGCGCCAGGGCUCGGCGUGAGAUGAUUAUCGUUUGAAGGUUUGCCCACCAAGUCCCGCCACCUUGCAAGCGCAGCACUCUGCGUGGCGGCCUCGCGAGCACCGCCGAGAAGGCCGUCACGUGUGACGCGUGCCGCCCUCCCUGGAGAGGUGACGCAUGACAUGGGAUGAGGAGGAUGCGGAGGACGAGGGGAGGAAGAAUACGGGCAUCCCGGAAUCUGAGCAGGCGCUUCAGCGUGCAUUUCUCUGGGUGUGUGGCCAACAGGUCAGCAGCCCGCGUUUCUCUUUAACACGUCGCUUUGGCGCGCCUGCAGUGUGCAUCCUACCUCCGAAUGGCACGGCGGACAAGAGCGCCGUUGAUCGUACAUUCGGCACCUAAGAGAGUCUCAAAGCUGGGCUGGGCAGAGUGGACCUCUUCCGUGCCCAGGCCUACGCUGAGGCCCGAGUGUCGCGCUGCUGCAAGCGCUGGAGGCGAACCUGUCUCGUCGCGGUUUUGCAUGGUGUUUUGUUUCGUGUCUUGUUUCCGACGGGGUUUAUCCCCCCGUCGGAAAGGGUGCGCCGCGCUCCGUGGAGCGAGCGCCCGAGCGUCGAAUUUGCGAUGCUGCGCGGAUGCUGCUAAUUUUUAGGCCUGACGAGGCCGUCGAGUGCAGACUCCAUCUUCUUCGCUCUGGCCGAUUGUAUGUUCUCCUUCUCAGCACCCCUUGUGAUUCGUAGUCCCAUCGCCAUGGUAGUUCAUAGUUCAUGCGCCCCGUAAGAUCUGCUCGACUGGGUCUGACUGAUGGAUUGUGCGGCUGGCAAAA